GGAAGAUGGAUGAUUUUCAUAAACGUCUAGCUAGUUUGAAGAGUGUUCUGACAUGUGGAAUUUGUAAAAAAUUAUGCAAAGAUGUCACGAUUAUUGAAGAAUGUUGUCAUAGAUUUUGCAAAAAAUGUAUUACAAAUAAGAUAUCAGAAGAGAAAUGGAAUACUUGUCCAGAAUGCAACAUGGAUUUAGGCGUUGCCCCUUUGCAUAAACUCAGGCCUGAUCACCAACUGCAAGUGAUAAGAGACAUAUUCUCUAGUAAAAGAAGAGAAUUAAUUGAGCUUGGAUUGAUAGAAAAAUUUAAAAAAGACGAACCCAAAAAAUUAGCUCGUGAAGAUAUUGAUCUUAAUUAUAGUGUGGAAAUGUUCAUUGAUCCAUCGCCUCCUCCUGCUCCUGCUACAAGCUCAAGGAGAAAGGAGAAAUUGAUUUCUUCCAUAGGAAAUAGUACACAGCUUGUGGAUGAUCAAGUUUCAAAUCAGAACAACGUUACGAGUAGUAAUACUGGAAGGGGGAGGGGAAGGGGAAGGGGAAGAGGAAGAGGAAGAGGAAGAAGAAGAGAAAGUCCACAAAAUAAUGUUAAUGAUGUUGAUACAAGUUUAAUCAUUCCUCUUCUUUCGAGCAAAGAUACUCAACAGGUUGAGAGUAUUGCUUAUGCAACUGAGUCCUCAAAGAAAAACAAAAGUAUUAAACCAUUGGAUGAAAUGAAUGAUUUGUGGGAACCAUUGAACAACUUGGUAACAAAAAGUGAAGAGCCAGUUCCAAAGUUCAUCAGUAAUACUCCAAUAAUCAAUCUUGAAGAUUAUGAAAAUGAGGACGACAAUGAUGAUGAUGAAGAAGAAGACGAUGAGUAUGUGCCUUCCCCAAAAGUUAAGGAACAGAAAGUUAGACAACAAAAUGUUGUUAAAAAACUAGAUGUUGUUCAAGCUACAGAAGCACCAACAAGUAGCAAUAAUAAUAAUAAUGAUAAAGGAAAAGGGAAAAAGGGGAGACGUGGUAGAAAGAAAAAAGAAACAAAUAAUUCUCCUCUCCCUCCUCCUCCUGUUAGCGGUGGUGGUGGUGGUAAUGGUGAUGGUGGUGGUGGAACAAAUCUUAACGUGGCACAAGUUCAAGUUGCUAUUGAGACAGAAGGAGGUACAAUCAGUGGAAUUACAAGAGUAGUUAAUGAAAGAGUACAUCCCAUUUGGUUCACUUUGGUUGCAUGUGAUAAACAGACAUGUCCUCUACCCUUGCCACAAAUUUCUUCCCGCUACAUAAAGAUCAAAGAUGUGAACAAGCCGUCUUCCUACAUAAAGAAGUACCUUGCACACAAAUUGAGUCUCCAGAGUGAAGACGAGGUGGAGAUUCACAUGUUAGGAAUGCAAAUUCAACCUACUUUUCCUCUCAAAAAUCUAGCAGAAUUGUGGUUACGUGUAGCACCUAACUCUGGAAAACAUUUAGCAAAAGUUGGAGCUUCUGCCCAAGAAUUCGUCAUGGUUUUGAACUAUUGUCAUUCACACCCAUAAUUGAAUUUGUGUAUUAAAAAUGUACAAUAUUUAAGUUUCUCCUUUUUUCUUAAAUAUUCAAAAUUGCAAGGAGAAAACUUCUUGUUGCAUGUUGUUAAUU